GCGGCCCGGCCACUACACGACCUCCCGUCGGCCCAGUCCACACGGGCUAGGGUUUUAUAAGAGCGCUCUCCGCGAGACUCCCACGCCUCCUCCCAAACCCUAGCGCCGGCGCCUCCACUUCUCUGCUCCCUCGUCUCCUCUCGCGCAGGGCCCGACGAAAGGGAAGCAAGAUGUACACCGCCAGGAAGAAGAUCCAGAAGGACAAGGGCGUCGAGCCCUCCGAGUUCGAGGACACCGUCGCGCAGGCUUUCUUUGACCUGGAGAAUGGCAACCAGGAGCUCAAGAGCGACCUCAAGGACCUGUACAUCAACACUGCAAUCCAGAUGGAUGUUGUUGGGAACAGGAAGGCCGUGGUGAUCCAUGUGCCAUACCGUCUGCGCAAGCCCUUCAGGAAGAUCCAUGUCAGGCUCGUCAGGGAGCUCGAGAAGAAGUUUAGCGGCAAGGAUGUUGUCUUUGUUGCAACAAGAAGGAUCGUGAGGCCACCCAAGAAGGGUUCUGCUGUUCAGCGCCCUCGCACCAGGACCCUGACAGCUGUUCAUGAUGGUAUCUUGGAGGAUGUUGUGUACCCAGCUGAGAUUGUGGGGAAGCGUGUCAGGUACCGUUUGGAUGGUGCCAAGGUCAUCAAGAUCUACUUGGACCCGAAGGAGCGCAACAACACUGAGUACAAGCUGGAGACCUUCUCUGCAGUCUACCGCAGGCUUUGUGGGAAAGACGUUGUCUUUGAGUACCCUGUGACUGAAACUGCCUGAAGAUCCAUGCCUUGAAUGUCCUCCAUUUUCAUAUCUUUCUGAUCCAAAUGUUUUGGUUGAGGUCUCAGUUAGUUGUGCUAUCAAUGUAUUCCAGAAACAUAGUUUUGUUAACGAUCUGGGGUUAGGAAGUUUGAUGGAGAUGGCAAUGAACGUGAACAAUGUUAAAGUUUUGAGCAUUUAAAUUAUGAACCUCUGCUCGUUUAUCUUGUUGCA